AUGUCUUCCAAGUCCUCUACAUCACUCUCUCGCUCAUCCUUCGAUGUGGAUAAGCACUUGCACCUUCACCACUUCACCUCUGAGGAAACUAUGAGCGUCAGGAGCGAUUGCGGGUCCCCGGUUUCGCUUCGCCUCAAAGCAGCCGAGGCACUCGAGAGGAAGGUUUGGUUCAAGCUUGACAAAUGGAUCCUUCCGGUUGUCACGAUGUUUUAUCUGCUUUCAUUUUUGGACCGGACAAAUUUGGGCAAUGCGAGAGUAGCGGGGUUGCAGAAGGACUUGAAGAUGACCAACGACCAGUACAGUAUUGCACUGACCGUGACUUAUAUCCCUUACAUCCUUGCCGAGUUACCAUCGAACCUUCUGCUCAAAGCUGUCGGGCCCAACUUGAUGUUGCCGACCAUGCUCACUCUCUGGGGAAUUGUAACGGCGCUGCAGGGAUUGGUGACUAGUUAUGGUGGCUUACUCGCUGCUCGCUUCUUCCUCGGACUCUUCGAAGGUGGCGUCUUUCCGGGCCUUGUGCUUUAUCUUUCUUCGUUCUACCCUCGCCAAAAGCUCCAAUGGAGAAUCUCCGUCUUCUUCUCAGCCGCCUCGCUCUCUGGAGCCUUCUCCGGGCUUCUCGCCUUUGGAAUCAUCAACAUGCACGGCGUGGGCAACAAACCGGGCUGGGCAUGGAUUUUUAUUCUCGAAGGUCUAUUCACGUUUUGCUUCGGAGUCACGAGCUUCGUUCUUCUCCCUCGGUCGCCGGCGCAUGCGACCUUCCUGAGGAAGGAGGAGAGGGACUAUGUGAUGGCUAGGUUGAAGGAGGAUGGAGCGGUGGAAAGGGAUGAUCGGGUUGACAAGUUUAGUUGGAAGGAAGUCAGGAAGGCGUUUGGGUUGCCGCAGGUUUGGUUACUCGCGAUCGUUCUGUUCAUGGACGGGACCGUACUGUAUGGAUUGGCUUACUUCACCCCUUCGAUUGUCCAAGGACUUGGAUUCACGCCUGCGAAGACGCAGCUUAUGAGCGUUCCACCAUUUGCGGCUGCGUUCUUCGUAACCAUGCUCGGCGCCUUCGUUUCUGAUAGGUACCGUUGCCGGGGUCUCGUUUCCAUCUUCGCGUUCGUGCUUUGCAUCAUUGGGUUCUCAAUCUAUCUGGUCUCGACGAAGCAUCACCUCCAAUACGCCUCCCUGUUCUUCUCGAUUACCGGGGUCUACCUCUCCGCACCCUCGUUGUCGACUUGGAACGCGAACAAUGCCGCUCCACACACGCGUCGCGCCACGGCCAUUGCUAUUGGCUUCAUCAUGACCAACUCUGGUGGUAUUCUUGCUACCUGGCUCUUGGGUUCGCUAUCUGCUCCCCCGAGGUACGAUUUGGCCACCAAGCUGCUGUUAGGCUUCUCCAUCGCAAUGGUCGUCGUCUCAGCGCUCAACUUGGCGUAUUUGUGGAAUGAGAACAGAAAGAAGAAAGUGAUGAGGGAAAGGCUGGGUAUCAGGAGCCAGGAGACACCGGGUAUGGGAGAUCAGUCCGCCUGGUAUGUUUAUGCCUUGUAGGAGGGCCUUGUCAGGCUCUAUUUCUCCCAUUCCGCCCUUAAAUUUCGUAAUUUUCUCAUUCUCUUCUUGGUAACACAUGCUAGCCACCAGUACCAUCGUCCUAAACUGAACCAUGUAUGUAACCUGUACCUAGUAGAGCCGAUUUGUACUAUCAAUAGCCGCACUCUGCCCAUGUAAUAUACUACCCCGCACUGUAUUC